AUGGCGACCAGCAGCAUGAUGAAGGACUACGUACGCAGGCAACUGCGCUACUGGGUGGACGACUUCAAGGACGAGAUGUUACCGCGCGACUUCAUGACCAAAGCUUACACCAAGACACAGCUCGUUCUACUCGAUAUUCACUUGAAGCCACAUCGAGUCGCUGCGGUGCUACAUUUGCCGUCGCCGUUGCUGGUGACCACCGUGCACUGCAUCGAGCUCACAAUCGCCGUGCCGUCCUGGACGGAUAAGGAUAAGGAGGCAGCGCACAAACCAGUUUUGAUCCAUAUGAACGAGUUGCUGGUUCAAGUGCACAAUAUGUGGGAAUGCAGUAGUAAAAUCCGGCGAGCAGCCGAGGAGCGAGUGCAAGCGGCAUUACUGGAGCCUGACCCGCUGGGGUCUACUGCUGCUAUGUUUGAAUAUGCACGGGACGUGAAUAACCGAACGAAGCUCGUGGUGGACAAGUUACGAGUGCAAAUAUUUAUUGGGGGAGUCUCUCGCGUGGAGUUUGUUCUGGCCGAUUUAAAUGCACGGACAACGGAUGCGCUAUGGCAGGAUGUAAAGGAUCCCACGACUUGCGUGGAGUAUUCACCCGACCACUUGGUGCAAACUCGGUUUAAGGCUAUGUCUUUUAUGCUGAGUGCUGGGGUAAUUUUUGCAGGUGAUACUGCUAAAACUGGGUCGCAAACGAUUCGCUUAAUGACAAAAGUAUCUGUAGUUAUACGGGUUACGCGAUUUUAUCAUAGAAACGAGAUUGCGGACUCAUGGAGGAGACAAACACAGCUUGUGGAAUUGAAUUUUGGCGCAGUGAAAUUGGAGUUGGGAAUUGCUGAGUUCAUGGAGGUGUACACUGUUGCAUCGACGCUCUGUAAUUGGAUUUUAAAUGGUAGAAGCUCUUUGUCUGAGCCACUAGAUGGUAUGGCUGCUGAUCGGGAGCCUCUUGGAGCUGGCGUAAGUGGUAUCGAUCAGCCGAAUAUCGAGUUACAAAUCACUUUUCGCGGCACGAUCGAAGCGAAGCUAAAGUUUACUUCACCCACCGAAGGACCACAGGAAUUAUUCCUCAUCGCAGAUCGCGGCGCUGGCAGUAUAAUUAUCCAUAGACACGGUGUUCGUGAGCUACAACUGAGUCUUCAUGAGCUAGCAGUGAGAUUCCGAGGGUAUGUAGUGUUUCGGUUGAAGCCUGACCGAGAGGUUUUCCACCUGGAAGAGCGUCUCACUUCACUUUCAGUGAAGUGGUGGGUUCAAAGCGUUCUUUGUCGAAUCGAUGAUGACUUGGCUACGGUGUUAACAGAAAUGUAUCAAUUUGUGAACGAGGAGCAGGUUAUCGUGAUCCGAUGCGGAACGUGUCACCAGCAGAUCAGCUUAGAUAUGAUAGAUGUUCACGUUUGUCCACCUCGUAAUGGCAGCAAAUCAUUGCCAUCGACUAGACAAGGGAGUCGAAGAAACAGUUUUUCAGAAUCUUCAAGUGCUGAAAUUGGGAGUUUGGAGAUUAAAGAAAAUAUGAGGGAGAAUUUACACGUAAGUGGACCGCCAAAAGUGCACGUUGUUUUACAUGUGAAUGAGCUGGAGAUGCAGACCGGUAGUCGGUUGGUACUAAUUCUGCUGAAAUUAUUUGAUGUACGAGAAGGUCAAGAGAUUACAGGGCGUGAUGUGACUACGAAACUUUCAAAUUUGCGUCUGACUACUGAGUCAAACGAGUUCGUGGGUGAUACAAUAUUUGUUCCAGCACUACCGUUAGCGCUCCAAAUGCUUGAGUGCUCCUUACAAGGAUGCGGUUGCGUCUUGAGAAGCAAGGGAACGACGAACCACCAAAAUACCAGUCAAGGAAUUCUUCAUGGUUAUCGCUUACCUGCUCGUCUUUUCCUAGAUAUCGCUCACUGUACCAUAUCAGCGCAAGAAUGUUUCGUGACAACUGACAGGAUUCAGGUGCGGUCGAGUUUUUCGGAUGGCAGUCGCGUUUGUUCUUCCUCUCAACCUCAACUCAGUUUUCAUGUAAACAUGGACAAAAUCCGGUGUCAGUUGGAUGACGUUCUCUUUAAACUCACUCGAAAAGUUAUCGAACAUAUCGGGGGCUCCUCAUCAAGCAAGAACAGUUCACUUAUAACGACACUAUUUCUUGGAGUAUUGCAAAUUCGAGCUAUCGAGUUUACAUUACAAAAUGAAGGCGCUGCAGAGGCGCGUGCAAAGUCGUUGUUGAAGCAAGCUAUUGUGGUUUUUGACAAUCAGUUGGGAUUUCUGUGCACUCAGAGCUCGUUGGAUUUCAAGACGAUCAUAAAUUCACAGACGAUGAAGUUUGUACAUCGUCAAACCCCUGUGACUCGUACCAAUGCCGAACAUCUUGUUCCUUUGUAUAACACAGAAUUAUCUACUCGAAAUGAAACCAAAGUCCAAAAUGUUGUGAUGGACGCUUCCACGAACGAAACGGAGCCAGAGGAAUGUGUCAUCACCCCGACGGAAGAUUUUGAGACAGGUUCAUGUGCAGCAACUAGCGAGGAAGAUGAGAAAACAGCGACUAAAGCUACUCCUAUUACCCCGCCUGAACUAGAACGAGAAGAUGCUAGUCGGUGCAUCCAACGCAUGGUGCGACGAAAGCAGCUCGUUCGACAGCAGGAGCAACGCUUUAAAGUAGAUGAUUACGAGCCUGGAGUAGUAAAACAUGCUCAAACCGCUUCAAACCCACAGUCUUCUCGAGAUUUCGAUAGUCCGGUAAAUCCAACAUCAACCACUGCAUCAGUUAAUGACCUGGGCGGUGGAAACAACAGUAACUCACCAAUGCUCACUUCUCCUAAAGCAAGUUUGGGAAUUCCAAGUCCGAUCAUGGUUCUCGGCCCGGACACUGAUUUGGCCGGAGAAAUUCGCGAUGGAUUUACUAAGCUGAUGAGCCCACUAAACCGAACACGUCGACCAUCAGAGAGCAUCCGAGGCGGCAUCAACAAAUUGAUGGGUCCGAUAAAUCGCACCCUCUUGCCGACGCCUAGUAUUAAACGGAGAUCGUCUGUAGAAUCAACCGCUCCUAUGGUGGAAAUCGCAACGUAUAAAGUCACAGUAUCUGAAACAAGUCGACGUGAACCGGAAAGCCCAUCGCCUAAGAAGUCACAAGAGCUCCGAGAAGUACAGCCUAAUGCUGCUUCCGAACCUUCAUCCAAGGACAAACCACCAUCGCCACAAAUGGAGCCAGACUUUGAAAUUAAAGCUGUAUCGUUGGCUCCCGAUGAGACAAGGCAAAACGAACUCAGUGAAGCCACUCUAGCUGCUCUCCCUGAUGUUGUUCGUGUGCUUGUUCAAAUUGGUGAAUGUCGGCUAUGCGUACCCAUCAAUCCACGAGAAAAGGUUGACUAUCUGUGCCGAGAAAUCGUGCGGCGGUACAACGAGUCCUUCGCAACAGACCGUGGCAGCAUUUCGGCCGUGUCACUUCAAGAUAAGCACGGUGGAGUUUUCUCCCCUUCGGACACUGUAGGCUUCACGCUCUCUGUAGCUCCAAACGAAUUGCUGUUUGCAUACCCGCAUGAACAUAAUGGCCAGAUCCGCUCUUUGGCUCGAUUAGCCACAGGAUCAUCGAGAACCACUCGCUCAAGAAAUCUUCAAGACCUCAGUACACCCCAACGCACUGCAAGUGGUGAAAAUGUGCGUUAUUCGAAGCUGCCACUGCCUUUGGCUAUCGCAUUGCUAGCAAAUGAGUCAGAGCGCGAUUUAAUACGUUCGGGACUUUGUGAACGAACCAGUGAAGCUGCAGGAGAAGCAUGGCCUGACUUGGCCCUAAAUGCUGCUUCUCUCGAUGCUGAGAAAAAUCCGCUUAUAGUGGAGAUUGCGUGGCAUGAAUCGUGCAUCGAAGUCACCAAUGGCGACGCGUUUGCGCUAUGUCGACAGCUACUAGGCCUCGGCACUUCGCGAGCAACCUGCAAAUAUGUGGGUAAAAUUCUGCGAAGCAGACUGAAAGUCGAUUCAAUGAACCCUUUGGUUGAAUGGGCUUGCCGAAGGAAAGGAGCAAUGCAAAAGGAAGAUGGUGGCGACAGCUCUACCCAGCCACCCGACCACGAGCAAGUGGUGACUGCUUCCUACGAACAGCUCAAGAAAAUUGUACAGGGCACCUACAGAGUGUACAAACGGUGAUCCAAAACAAGCAUAAAUAAUAGUAUGCUAGCACCGUGGCAUGCGACUGAGCAGACCCAGCGUACAAAUCCCUCUUUAGAACUUCUAAAUCCUUCCUGGCUCACAGCAGAACAGUGUGGACCUUAUGUCGUUGGUAGUAUUAUUAGUGGCGCGUGAAGGAUCCAUUGCUGGGGUGGGAUUUCUCGUCAUAGCAGAUUCACAGGCUGCUCGAGCAGAUCGACAUGGUGUUGGAACAUCGGCGUACGAUCAUCUGUAAAAGUGGUAGUGGCAAUAACCAGCAAUUGAAGUCCAAGGUAACCGAGCACUGUACGGAAUCGAUCACUCGUUCUAAGCGCGUACACCACAGGCG